AUGACUGAUAAACAAACAGAAACAGCGAAUAAGAACAUGAAUGCCUCUGCUUAUUCGAAUCCUUUGUUUCUGAGUCAAAGCGAUAAUCCUGGAACGAUGCUGGUCACGAAGAUCUUUGAUGGAAAGAGUUUUGGAGCCUGGAAGCGUGCGAUGUCUUUGGCGCUUUCUGUGAAGAACAAAUUAGGUUUUGUAAAUGGGAGGACAAAGAAACCUGCAGAAGAUGAUCCAACUUAUGAUGAUUGGGAGAGAUCUUGUUUGUAUAACAUUCUUGGUAGUAUAUUCAACAUGAUAUUCACUUUUGUUUGGGCUGAAUGGAAAGAUAUAGCGCAUGAUUCUAGAAUACUUAGGGAAGUUGCUUUUAACCUAAAAUCCGAUAAAUAUUAUCUUUGUGAUGHUGCGUACGCCAAUGCUCGUGGAUUUUUGGCUCCAUAUCGUAACACAAGGUAUUGGUUGGCAGAUUUUCGACGUCGACGCGCUUUGACUAAAGAAGAAAGGUUUAAUCAUGCACAUGCUCAACUCAGAAAUGUUAUUGAACGUGCUUACGGUGUCUUGAAAGCGAGAUUUCCGAUCUUAAAGCAGAUGGCUCCCUUUCCAUUUACAACACAAAGAAAUGUGGUAAUUGCUUGCUUUGCGAUACAUAAUUUCAUCAGAAAAUAUAAUAUUCAAGACCAGUUGUUUAUGGAGUGCAAUGAGGAUAAUAUAUUUAACAACGAAGAAGAAGUCGAAGGAAAUGGAGAAGAAGAAUUGGACAUUUCACAAUGGGGUGCUAAUAGCACUCAAUAUAUGGUUACUUUGAGAGAUGAAAUUGCAAAUAGUUUGGUCAAUAAUGUUUGA